GCAGUGAAAGUGCUACGUCAUACUGAUGCGUCGUUCUCUUGGGACGCAUCUCGAUUUCGUGACCUCCGCAAGAGAGAAACACGGAAGGCAUGGCUGCUUCGGCAGGUGACGACUACGUACUAAGGCCUACGGUGGUUCAGCUGAAAACUGUUGCUCUCGUAAUCCUUGCCCUGGCGUUUCCGGUAGCUGCUUGCAGAAUAGACGCUGAAAUUAACCCGUCCGAGUGUGGUGAACUGGAGCCGACAGGAAGGAUAUACAACGGCGAUCCAGUCACCAAGGAGAACAUUCCAUGGAUGGUUGCAGUUUUCAGCAAGGACAGAUCGGCGAAGGGGUCUGGUUUGUGCGGCGGAAGCAUAAUCACAAGGAACGUUAUUCUGACGGCAGCGCAUUGUGUGGUGAGAAAAGGCCGGUACGUGGAGAAGGUAGCCGUGAUGUACAACUUCACGCUGGAUGGCAAAUUCACUGGAGUGCGCGCUCAUAAGAUUAUCGCGCACCCAAGAUUUGUAAAACGAGACGAGAUCGUGCAUGACGUGGCACUUGUGAAACUGCCAGUGGAUCUGGAAUUCCACAGGUUCAUGAAGCCAGUGUGCCUGCCUACACACAAAAUGGAUGUUGCAGGAAAGAUUCUUGUUGUCGCCGGCUGGGGUAGGACAGAAUGGGGAAAUACCAGCAAGAGCCUUCGGCGUGCUGAAGUUGUUGGUCUCACGGAUGAGCUGUGCCAAGAUGAGCUAAGAACAGUUAGAAAUAGGAAACACGCCACACCUGGACCUGUAAUCUGUGCUUUCGGGAUAGGCACUGGAGCCUGUCGGGGGGAAUCAGGUGGACCGUUAACGCUCAGGGGCGACGACGGAAAAACACUGCAACUCGGAAUCGUUGCUGCGGGAAAGGACGAAUGCCCCCCAAGUAGACCACCGUUUUACGCGCGGGUCUCCAGUCACAUAGAGUGGAUCGAAAAGGCUCUAAAUAACGUGCGAAUGUGGGGGAAAUAUAGGUUGGACCGAAAAGAAUUUUCAGUUCGCCUGCCAUGAGACGCCCUUCCAUAGCACCAUCGUGGAAAACUCAAGACGAACACAUUGGCGAAAUGGUUAACCAUAUUGAAAAAGGUAGCUGUAAAACGCAUACGGAAACAGUGGGCAUGAAAGAUGAGAAGUGCGUCCUAAACUGAAUUUAUUAAUAAAAGUUUUUGUUCUGCCUUAA